ACCACGGAAUGUGUGGUUUUUAAAGGCAUGAAGUCCMUAGCCAUGAGAUAAAUAUUAAUAAUACGCAUGACUGAACAAGUUGGUGAGGACGAUGACCGACAACGAAGUGCUGGUUUCUCGGAUUCGUCAUCUGGCCAGCAUGCAAAGGGCUCGCAGCGAAUCCGACAGACAAAAGGAGAAAAUCUUCUCAGAGACUUGGAGAUGUUGAGAGACCGCGCCGAGUACUUCGCUAGGCAAAAUCGUCAUAUUAAUUCGUUGGACGGAGUAGGUUUCGGGCAAAGCAAACGAUUCGACACCCUCAGUGGCGUAUCCUUCGGCGGCCAAAAAAGAAACUUUGACGAAAUCGACCGCAGUGGAUUCGACCGGUUUAUCAAGAAGAACUUCGACGAGAUUGACCGCAGUGUUUUUGACCGGUUCGUCAAGAAGAACUUUGACGAGAUCGAUCGCAGCGCUUUCAGUAGCUUCGUGAAACGUCCCAACAAGGCGCCGGCGGCCAAUUUGGAAUAGAUGAUGCCAUACUGCGCACGCGCACGUCCACACGCAAACCCAAACACACGAACAUACGAACAUACGUCAUAAUAAUAACAAUAACGGUAUUAUAAUAUUAUACUCACUCAAACUCUUAUCAAUCUCCACAUCGCCGACAUAUAUAGUUAUAUAGUGUAGGAAUAAAAGGUAAACCUAUAUUGUUGUAUACCAUUAACUAGGUUAUGGGUAUCACUGCAUAGAAUUAUUACUUUAAUAUAAAAAUAAUAAUGA